AUGAACAUAACAGAGGUCGACCGGAAACGAGAGAGCGAAGACUCGGACGUCGAAGAAAUCACCCAUCCACGUGCAUGCCCACGUCUCGACGACGACGACAUUGGCAGCCUCGACCACGGUCGCGGCGGUGGAAAAACCCCACAGAUAAUAAUGUCAGAAGAAGACGAACUCGAGGUCCAACACAGGCAGAUCACAGCCCGCCGUAACUUCGACAAGGUCAACUUUGGACAGUGGCAGAUCAAAACAUGGUACUUUUCGCCCUACCCACUAACAGAAUCCGAACUCGAAGACCCUGCAACCGCCCACCGCAGUGACCACAACACACCACCAUCAUCUCGCGCAUCUCCAACAACAUCCAGCGGUAAUAAUGUCCCUUCGGCAAGACCCCACAAACCAGUUGGCCGCCCACCGAAAAUCUCAGGCGUUCAACGCACCACUCUCCGCUCUCACGGCCGCACCUCCGAUCUUCUCGCAGGCGGACUAACUCGGUCACAUUUGACAGGCGAGAAAUCGGUAUUGUGGGUCUGUGACCGGUGUUUCAAGUAUAUGGCGGAGGGGCCUGUUUGGGAAAUGCAUGUUCGGAAAUGCGAUAGGAGACAUCCUCCUGGUAGAAAGGUGUAUCAGCGUGGGGCACAUACGAUAUGGGAGAUCGACGGGGCAAUUGAAAAGCUGUACUGCCAAAAUCUCUCCCUGUUCGGUAAAUUCUUCAUCGAUGUCAAGACACUCUUUUUCGACUGUGAUAACUUUCUGUUUUACAUCCUGACCGACGCAGACUCGCAACGCGACCACGUACUCGGAUUUUUCUCCAAGGAGAAAUACUCGUACGAUGACUACAAUUUAGCAUGUAUAGUCGUCCUGCCGCCUUACCAACGGAAAGGGUAUGGAAUGCUCAUGAUCGAGUUCAGCACGUAUCCCUCCUUCAUCCUCUCAUAUCUUCGUCUCACCUACAAACUGGUGUACACAUGUCAUUUAGGUUACGAACUCUCUCGACGCGCAGGGAAGAUCGGUACCCCGGAACGACCGUUGUCUGAUCUCGGACUGAGAAGUUACCUGACAUAUUGGGUUGCUACGAUCAUAAGGUUUUUGAGACGUCUUCUUUCCGUUCUCCCAAACGACUGUGCCCAAGUGACAACAGACGGAUCGGCACCGAUAUUUUCUCAAGGCGUAAUGCCUACAGAAAUCCCUCAGACACACUCGGCUCCCCUAUCCCACUCACAACGUUCCCAGCCCCCGUCCGAGCUAGCCUUCCAUCAUACCCAACUGGCUCCUUCUCCCGCCGAGGAUAUCCCUUCGUCAACAAGUAUGUCGACCCAUCACAAACGGAAACGCGCCCCAAAGGGUUUCGACGGGGAACUGCCCCACCCUCCUACUUCCCCUUCUUUUUACCAAUACGCCUCCCACAGCCUCACGCCGCCCACUUCUACCUCCGCGACCAAGCCUGCAUCUACACCUGCACCCGCACCAGUACCUGGAAUGCACAACGCCUUCCGCAAGAUUAUCACCACACCCAACCCCGAUGGCAGUGCCACGUCGCACGUCGUGGUGCGAUGUACGCUUGCUGAUAUCGCCUGUGCUACGAAUUUGAGGGUCGAUGAUGCGGCGUUUGCAUUAGCGGAGUGUGGGUUGUUAGAGAGAGUGCGAGUAGUUGCUCGACGGGAUGGUGAUGGUGAUGCUGGUGUGGGUGAGGAUGAUAAGAUGGAAGAUGAGGAUCAGGAGCAGAGUGAACGGGUUGUCAUGGCCAUCACGCGUGAGAUGGUUGAGGCAGUCGCGAGAGAACGACAUGUGAAGGAGAUGUGCUUGAGUUUAGCACAUGUGCUGUGAUAGACGAUAUGUUGAAGCGGGGCCUUUACAAGGUUUUCUGACGCUGGUCUAACUCAGGCUCUCCGCUGCGCGGCGGUAUAGAUUAUCAGGCAGAGCUGUCGUAACCAAGGGAAGAGCGGAGGGGGCGGGGGGCCUCAAACGCGAUUGGGUAUAUCCCCUUCUUGUGCUCUUGCAGCGUCUCACGGUAUGUAGCAAUGGGUGGUGUGAGGUCCACAAGCCUUCCCAAGUCGGACCAUUUG